AUGACGACGGAUCACCACAUCCCAGCUGAGGCGUCGGUCUCUGCCAUCAAAGGCAAGGAAGACCACAAACUAUCCAGAUCCAUCUCCCUUCGUGCUCUGCCAGCCAGAUUUCGACCAAAGACCGCAUCCACCACUCCCGACCCUGGCGAGGAUCGAUCAACCUCAACUCUAGCUCCUCCAAUACCCGUAUCGCCUAGGAUACGCAGAUCCUCUGCACCCGAGGAAGGAUCUCAAAUCCCUGAAUGGCACGCCAAUCAGUUCAGCACGCCGCUCGAAUCCGAUGCCGAAUUCGUUCGUAGAACAUAUGCACACUUUGCCGUUGCUGGUGUGCCAGAUGAUGGCUUCGCCGAUGGCAAAGAAUAUACCCGCGAAAAGAAUGGACUCUCAGCAUGGGAGGAAGCUGCACUCUCUCGACCCAAUCACAACAUUGCCGCUCGCAGCUCGGCUAGGCCGUCUGAAGCCAAUACAUCAGCACCAACGACUCCGGGUCGCAGCGGUGUGGAGAAUGUUCCGAAUGGUGGUAUCAAUGGACACAAUAUACCAGCGAUCGACGGUAGUGGGAGCGCAAGGAGCGGCUUAUCGCAAUGGUCUUCACAGGGCGGACAUUCUCCUAGACCGCCUCUACCGACUUCUUUCAGCGCUGCAACAUCAGUUUCGAACAACACUUUGCUCUCCACUAACGAGCGUCAACGUCGACAAGAGAUUGCAGGAAAAAAACGAGAACAGCUCAUCGCCAACAUUGACCGCUAUGGGUUCUUCUCAGAUAGUCCCAGCAAUGCGCAUCACAAGUCCACUCUGCUAUCAUCAAGUCUCUUCGCAGCUCCGUUCCCAAAAAAGGGCACAAAAGGCUUAGCAUCGCAAAGAGGACCUCUACCAACCAGCCUCACGCCACCCCACUCGUCAGCCAGCAACACGGCCACGCGGGCGCAGACGAAUGGCAGCGACCAAUUCGGAUCGCACCUCGUGCAGGAAGCGCGUGCAGCAGCCGACACCUUGCACCGUCGGCGUGAGCAGGAGCGGAUCGCUAAAUGGUCAAAGAUGCUUACAGUGAAAGGACGAGAUCAAGGUCACAACGCUGUUCAUUUCGACUUCGCCAAAGCUAUCGAUCGGAAGCUCCGUCGCAGAGUCUACAAAGGCAUACCUGACAGCUGGCGUGCUGCAGCCUGGGCAGCUCUCAUUCAGCAUCGUCAGCAAACCGAGGAGGGGCGAUACUCAAACUCGCUUGCUCAGCCUCAUCUGCAAGGUCCUGCUGCUUCAACACCUGUCUCGCUCAGCAAACCUGAUCCGGGAAACUUGGGAAAGCUCGCAGAUAUGCCCAGCGCACACGAUGUGCAGAUCGACCUCGACGUCCCACGUACCAUCUCUGGCCACAUUCAAUUCCACACUCGCUACGGUCAAGGUCAACGAUCGCUCUUCCACGUCCUCCACGCAAUAUCGAUGCUAUGCGAGCAAUGCGGCUACUGCCAAGGCAUGGGACCCAUCGCUGCUACCCUACUCUGCUAUUUUAGCCCCGAACGUGCUUAUACGGCGAUGGUAUCGAUGCACAACUAUCUCAACCUCCACACUACCUUCUCUCCUGGAUUUCCUGGUCUGGUGGAGAAUUUGUUCGUGCAAGAGCAGCUGUUGCGGAAGUAUGCGCCGGAACUAGCAGCUGUAUUUGACAAUCAAAUGAUCGUUGCAAGCUCGUAUGCGACGAAGUGGUACAUUACGCUGUUUUCGAACUCGAUACCAUUCGAGACGCAGCUAAGGGUGUGGGAUGCGUGGCUACUGGAUGGCCAGGAUGUAAUUACAAUGGUCGCCGUGGGGAUCAUUUGGGCGCAUAGAGGGGCGGUGUUGGCGGAGGGGGCGGAUUUUGAAAUGAUAUUGAGUGCACUGAGUAGCUUCUUUGUGCCAGAGGACGAUGAUGCGUUCUUGUUCUGGGUGAGGGAUGCGUUGGCGAGGAAGGAUGUUAGGGCGACUAUUAAGAAUGCAAGAGAAGAGUACAGGGGGAAGGUAAGGGAUGGUGAAGCUGCUGGCCUUAUGCUCUGA